CGGCACACUUCCGGUGCGCAGCGGGCGGCCAUGUUGGAGCAGCGGAGGCGGCGCAGAGGCGCGUCCUGGGUCCCCGCGGCGGCGCCGGUGCUGAGCGCUGGUUUGUGGAUACCCAGGCAGAUCUGCAGUGCCUAAUGCCAUGAGCGUGGUGCAGCAUGUGGAGGAGAAAGCUGUGCACUCCUGGUCGCGGAUCUCCACGGCAGGGAAGAAGGCCCUGGAGGAGGCGCUGCUUGUCUUUAACCCCAUGAGCCAGGAUCUCAGUGCCACAGAGGCCCAGCUUGUAGCCUUCCUGCAGGGCCUGCGGGAUGAUGGCUUCCAACCCACCAUCCUGCGCAGCGGUGAUGUCUAUGGCUAUAGUUCAUGCACAGCCAACCCCCCAAGCCAGACGAAGCUGCAGGCUCGUGCCCCCACCCCAGCUGCCACAUCACCUCCAGCCAGUGCUCCCCGAACUGCCAUGCAGCUGCCUGCAGGCCGGGCCACGCUGCUCCCUAUGCCACUAUCUGGGAGGCUGGCCAAAGCAUCCACACCAUCCCUUGCCAAGCAUGCUACCACCAACCUGCUGCUGAGCUCCCUGAAGCAGUCAAGUGCCAGCCGUGCCCGGGGUGCAGCAGUGGGCUUCCCCGCCCACCUCUAUCCAGGUGUCUACCCUGCCAUGCGGCUCUCUGUUGUCCUUGAGGCCCUGGUUCCGCUAAAGUCUCCCAUGCCCUGCUUGGGUGCCAAGCACAAGGCACAAUCACUGCAGCUCUCACUUGCAGACUCUCCCCUGAAGUUGCGCAAAGGUCCAGGGAAGAGGCAGGGGAACUGUCGGCCCAAAGCUCCCAGAAAAGCCACAGGCAAGGGCCCUAAAUGUCUGACUCACAGACGCUGCAGGGCCAGAUCCCAACAAGGCACUACACCCCGGAACAAGACCUACAAAGCCACUGGGUCCCUUGGUGGCCUACGAAUGAAAGGUGGCUCUGCCCUGGGCACCAAAAUGUCCCAGGCCAAGGCAGCUCGAACACUGGCCAAAGCUGCCCAGGCCAAGGCGGCUCAAACACAGGCCAAAGCUGCCAAGGCUCGGGCAAAAGCCAAGGCAGCACAGAUCAGGGCCAGGGCCAAGGCAGCACAGAUCCGGGCCAGGGCCAAGGCGGCACGGAUCAAGGCCAAAGCCAAGGCGGUGCGGGCUAAGGCCAAGGCGGUGCGGGCUAAGGCCAAGGUGGUGCGGGCCAGGGCCAAGGUGGUGCGGGCCAGGGCCAAGGUGGCUCGGACCCAGUCCAGGAGCAGGGGCAGGCCAAAAGGGUCUGUUCAGGCCAGGACCGCGAGGAGGGGCCCGAAAAGCCGCCCUGAGACUGUGGGGCAGAAGAGAAAAAGGGCUGAGGAGGCAAAGGAUCUUCCUCCCCGGAAAAGAACACGACUUGGGCCCCUAUCCCCUAAGGCGUGGCUAGGGCCUGGAACAGCAAAACUGCUGAAAUUCCGGGCCAUCAAGGUGGACAGGCGGUCCUCGGACGAUGAGGUGCGGCAGCGGGCUCAACGGAUCCUCCGUGUGAACCUGUCCCCUGUAAUACAGCUCCAGCCGUUGCUGCCAUACUCAGCGCCCUGAUUCCUUCUCAUAGCAACGUUUGGGGAAACUGAGCCCAAUUGUCUUUGUGGCCAGUGGCACAGUGUGCAAUGCCCAUGGAUUCUACAACCCCAAGGACUCCAGGUGCCUCUCCUGGGCCCUGAGAGCCACCAUUCUCCUUUCAGAGACUGGAGGAUAUGGGGUGGUAUGGGUGGGCGGGAGGGGCGUUCUCAUGGCGCGAUGCACUGUGAUUUGUUACUCUUCAAGUUGUACCUCCACUGUUCCAUCUAUCACGUUUUAUACCUUUCCACCUUCCAGUCUCCCUGCCGACCCUUCAUGGUCUUUUUUGCGUUUGUAGCUGCUGCUAGGCCAGCUUGAGCAUAUAGGAAAAGUGGCCCCAGGAACAGGGCUGCCAAAAGGGGGUCCCAGUAGCCUGAGAUAGGUCAUCGCUGUGAGUGGGAAGAGUAGCUCUCAGGCUCCUCUGGAGGUGCUGGCCUCUGUGGAUGUGUGAGAAGCAGCCCCUGUGGACAGGGGAAGAGCCGCUCUGAGGAGGCACACCUCCCAUUCAGGCUGUGCUGGUUUGUUUUCCAGUUAGGCCAUACUACACAAGAGGACAGUUGGUGGCCCUGUGGGGAACCUUGGCAGCCAGCAGGUUUCUAGGCCAGGGAAGGGGGGUUUUGUGGUACUGCUCCCCAGGGGCCAUUCAGACAGCCUGGCCUUGUCUCCUAGCUGGCUCUGGCUGAUAUCUUGGGGCUUUACCUGAGCUUGUCUGGGGAAGGGCCAGGCCUAAAUUAGCUGAAGUACCUCUGUCUGUCCUUCCAGCCUCGACUUGCCCAGUUAGUGGCAAGGGUUUGGGGGUAGUGUCAGAGGCCAGGGCUCUGGGUUGUUUGGCCACUGAGUCUGUCCUCACUGACUGCAGAAUUUUCUCCUUGGAUGAGUGGGGUACAGUGUUAGCUGAGCCAGGAGAGUUUCUACAACUGCUGCUCCCCAUCAGCAGUGCUUUCUGCCUGAGUCCCAAGCACUCUGUUCCCAAGUCCAGCCUUAUCAAGCUUCCUGACAGGGGUAUGUGUGUGUUUCAGACACUAACAGCUCUUCCUGCUUUGGAGAGGGGGCUGGGCCUGGAACAAAACUAGCUCCCCGCCCAUCUGCCAGUCCUUCCCUAUCUGCCCAGCCUGAAAGGCAGUGGCUGGGGCUGGCAGUGAGGGGGACACAUUCCCCAGAGGCUCCUAGAGACCAGCAGCCUUUCAGGGCUUGGGGUGGGAGCCUCAUUUGAAUGAGAAUCGGAUCUCUUCUGUCUCUGUGGGUUAGUCUGAACCCUGGCCCCGCUAGCGCCAGCUACAUCGGGUGGCGGACCUGUGGAGAAGUUCUGCUUGCUUUUUGGUACCCCCUGCUUCCUUUUUUUUCUGCACCUGGUGGCUGCCGUUAAUAGGGUGCGGCCUCCCUUGCUCCCAGCCUCACUGUGCCUUCACAAUCUUGCAUGCUCCUUGUGUCUGGCAGUCCUGCUUUCAUCUGUGAGUAUGGGAUGACACCCAGCUUCUCAAGGUCAGCCUGCUUGGGACCCACUCUUCAUCCUCUCUCUCAGGCCUGAUUCCAGCUCCCAUGGCGCAGGACCCCCACCCGGGCUAGGCCUCCUUUUUUGCAGUCUGCAACUCCUUUCAGUUCUGCUGCUGCUGUCACGAGUGGGUGAGAGGUUGGCUCUUUCCCUGAGAGCUAUCCAGAGGGGGAGAACUCUCCAGGCCUCCCUGUGGGGCAGAGUGAGGUGGGGGGUACCCCUAGGAUCUCUACUCAGACCCUGUCCUUCCCAGUCCAGGCUCCCAGAACAAUUGCUGAGGAGGUGCCAGACACACUACCCGCCCCCACCCGGCUGCUCAAGUGGCAGCUGCUACCCACCUACUGGCCACUUGAUUGUUGGCCAUGGCCAGAACCUUCAAGCCUCGUGCACCUGUGGCCUCCAUGGCCCUAAGCCGUACUGCAUUGUCAGUCACCUACAGGUGGGGAGGAGUGUAAGGGCUCUGGAGAUGGUAUCUCUGGGUUUCCUGCAGGUUUGGCCUUGUGGGGUUCAGGUCAUUGCUGGGGGCUGGAGAGGGGAGGACUGUGCUGUGAAAUUUUGGAAUUGGGGGCCAAUCACCUACCUCUUGCCUUGCCAUUCUCCUUGGGCAUUCCCUAGGAAUCUGAGAAUUGCUUCUUUUGUGACUCUCAGGACAGGGAGGCCAUGGCAUUGAGAAUGUGAUCUGGAGUGAUGGUCGUGGCAGCAAGAAGACCUGGUGGCAAGCAGAGAGUGGUGAGGGUACCCAUGUGCCCAUGUGUGCAGGUCUAGGGUCAGGGCCUGGUCACUCUGACAAGCCCUUGUGGUUGCAGGUGUUGAGAAUGUCACCAUCCAGCUGGACCUAGAGAGUGCCUUCUACAUUACCCACCCCAUCAUGACUUCGAGGUGACCCAGUGCCCCAGCCUGAAGGCAUGGUUGGUGCCUCCUGACCUGAUGGGUGCCAGUGAUGCUUCCCCCUGGUGACCCAAGGAUCCCCCUCCUGUCCCCAGACAUUCUGCCCAGCAACUCUGCUCCUGGGGUGCUCAGUGGACCAUGGCCACUCCUGGCAUAUGUACCGAUACUUUGCCUACAACUGCUCAGGCCUUUUUCCUGGGAUCCCUCCGGCUCCUGGCCACAGUCAGUGACCUUGUUUGUGACCAGCGUUACUCUGACAUCAAGCCUUCCACUGAGGGAGAGGUCACACCCAGAGGAAGGGGGUUUGGGCCCUGGGGUGAAGCCAGAGGCUCAGGUUUGCUUUUUUUCUCUCAGGUAAUCUUCAAAGUUCUGGACCCAGGCACUCUGGUGGAGUACCCAAACAACCCCAAGAUUCAGGGUAAUCGUCCCCACAGCCAGUCCUGUACUCCUUGCAUGUUAGGACAGCCAGAUACUGGGGUGAGGUGAGGUCCUGCCUGAGUG